AUGCGGUGGUCGGCCACUGUUUUACGACUUGCAGAUGAUUUGGGAACAUCAUCGGAUGAGAUGGAGAGAGGUGACAAUCCGAAAUCAAUACAAUGUUAUAUGCACGAAACUGGUGCAUCAGAGGAAGAUGCCCGGGAUCACAUCAAAUACUUGAUUGGAAAGACGUGGGAGAAGAUGAAUGAAGAGCGAUUGGCAGAUUCUCCCUUCUCCAAAAUUCUUGUUGAAAUUGCAAUGAAUAUUGCUAGGGUAUCCCAGUGCAUGUACCAAUACGGAGAUGGCCAUAGUACUCAAGGUCAAGAAACUAAAGACCGAGUGUUAUCUCUGUUUAUCAAUCCUGUUCCGCUUGAAUAUUAA